ACUAGAAAUUCAAUUAGUUAGCACAAAAAUUAAUGUUUGUUGUACCAGAUAGUCUUGCCAAGAUUUCAAUUAUAAUUUCGAGAAAAAGAAAAAGAAAUAUAUGUGUCCAGAGUAUACACACCGUGUAUAAUUAACAGUAGUCUUUUACAAAUAUGGUCCACAUAUUUUACUGCUAGUUCCUGGUUAUCCGGGGAACCAUUUCUUUCCGGUUACUCCACCGACCCAUUUGAUCUUGGUGUUUCUUCAUUCCAAGACAUCUCUCUCUCUCUCUCUCUCACUCUCACACACACACACACACACACACACACACACACACACCGCACGCACGGUUACAGUGGGAAGAAUCAAAUGGAAAAUCCUUCAGAUGAGAAAGAUAUUGUCAAAGAGCCACUGUUAAACACUUACAAGGCCAAGGGUGGCUUCAAAACCUUGCCUUUUAUCAUAGCUAAUGAGGCAUUUGAGGGUGUGGCAAGUUUUGGGCUAAUGCCAAACAUGAUACUUUAUUUGACAAGAGAGUUUGGUAUGCAAAUAGCCAGUGCAGCCAAUGUGCUGUUCAUAUGGUCUGCAGCAACCAAUUUCAUGCCGAUUCUUGGUGCUUAUCUCGCUGAUUCUUAUGUGGGUCGGUACCGGAUGAUCGGCUUUGGUUCCAUCGUUAGCCUUUUGGGGAUGGUUCUUUUGUGGUUAACAACCUUGAAUUCACAAGCAAAGAUUUCAUGCAGCCAAAGUAGUAGCAGUUGCAACUUCUCAACAGCAUUCAAACUUCUACACUUAUAUUCUUCUUUUGGGCUGAUGGCUAUAGGAGCUGGUGGCUUAAGGUCAUCCUCCUUGGCAUUUGGUGCAGAUCAGUUAGACAAGAGAGACAACAUAAGAAAUGCAGCGAUGUUAGAGAGCUUUUUCAGCUGGUACUAUGUUUCAAAAACUGCAUCAGCACUCAUUGCUGUGACUUUUAUUGUGUAUGUUCAAGAUAAGAUGGGGUGGAUGGUGGGUUUUGGAAUCCCUGCCUUGCUUAUGUCCUUGUCUGUCCUUUCAUUCUUCUUGGCUUCUCCUUUCUACAUCAAGUUGAAGUCUGAUUCAAGUUUGCUUACUGGGUUCACUCAAGUUCUAGUAGCCUCUUAUAAAAAUAGACGUAUGCGAUUAUCAUCUCAGGCCACACCUGAAAUGUACCAUCAUAUAAAUGGAUCAAUGCUCCUCUUGCCAAGUGAAAAACUAAGGUUUCUGAACAAAGCAUGCAUUAUAAAAAAUCCUCUACAAGACCUAAGCCCAGAUGGAAGGGCUACAGAUCCAUGGAGUCUUUGUACAGUUAAUCAAGUAGAAGAGCUAAAGGCAUUAAUCCGGGUAAUCCCAUUAUGGUCGGCUGGAAUCAUGAUGUCUGUAUCUAUCAGUCAGAACUCUUUUCCAGUACUCCAAGCAGCCUCCAUGGACCGACACAUUACUCCAUACUUUGAAAUUCCUGCAGGCUCCUUUAGCGUGUUUCUGGUUAUAACUAUAACACUUUGGAUUACUUUGUACGAUCGCGUAGUUCUCCCUCUAGCAUCGAAAAUCAGUGGAAAACCAUGCCGUCUCAACGAGAAAAAAAGAAUGGGAAUUGGACUCUUUUUUUCAUGCAUGUCAAUGGCAGCAAUGGCAGUUGCAGAGAGUGUUAGGCGGGAACUUGCAAUUGAGGAAGGAUUUUCUGAUGAUCCACAAGCCGUGGUGAGCAUGUCAGCAAUGUGGCUACUGCCUUAUUAUAUCUUUGCCGGCUUGGGUGAGGCUUUCAAUGCAAUUGGGCAAAAUGAGUUCUAUUACUCUCAAUUGCCUAAAAGCAUGUCUAGUAUAGCCACCACCCUCUUUGGAUUAGGGAUGUCUGCUGCAAGCUUAGUAGCAAGUUUUAUACUGAGUACAGUUGAUAAUGUUACCAAAAAAGGAGGAGAAAGUUGGGUUUCAAGCAACAUCAAUAAGGCCCACUAUGAUUACUACUAUUGGCUUCUAACUGGUUUGUGUUCGGCUAAUCUCAUGUAUUACCUUUUCUGUAGUAAGGCUUAUGGUCCUUCUGAAGGAGAGAGAAGUAGGGUUUUAGAUGAAGAAGAUGGGUAAGUGAUGAAUAUUAAUUGUUUUAAGGAAGUUUAAAUGUAUAGUUUCUUUCCGUAUGUAUGUUCUUAAUCAGAUGAUAGUAAUCAAUGUGUAUAAAGGAAGGACAAAACUUAUGUACAAUACUUUAGAUGUUGUUCCUUAAGUUUCAUUUUUAAGAUUCA